CCCAGGCAGCAGAUCCACACAGCAGAGCUGACACCGCUGAGCUCCAGGACAGGAUGGUCACACACCUGCCCCGGCCAGGUAGGACGUGUCCACCUCUAUGGGGUGACAGGUUUCCCCUUCCCGCAGUCAUGGGGAGAUUGGAUCUGUAAUUCAGGCUUGUAGCAAUAGCCACCUGAAGUCCUGCUUCCUUCUUCCUGGUCAACCUGUGCACAGCCCUGCAGGUAGAGUAGAGUCUGCAAGACUCCCAGGUGAAGAAGAAGACAUGGAGGAGCAACACAAGGAGAGCAAAGACAAGAGCCAGGGCUCCAAGAAGCUCUUCAGGAGCAAGUCCCUCAGGUCUGUGGGAAAUUUCAUGCAGAGGAUCCUGAAAACUUUGAGCAAUUUGUCUCACCUGGUGGAUGGAGAGCAUAACAACUUGAACGUGGAGGAUGACGAUGGGGGCUUCAAGCAGAAAACCUACCCCGGAGAAGCCAAAGGCUCUGCAAAUGAGGAUUAUAGAGUUGUCCAAGGAGGUGACGGCAACAAUAACCUGGGUAAAGCUCAUGUGAUGCUUAAAUCUCAGGAGAGGUCUUCCUUGAGCUCAGAGGACAAGGUUCCUGGCGUCCAGGGGCUGAAGAACCAUGGAAACACCUGCUUUAUGAAUGCUGUGGUCCAGUGCUUGAGUAACACUGACCUCCUGGCGGAGUACCUGGGGAUGGAGCAGUUCAGGGCAGAACUCAACAGGACUAAGGGGGAUGAGGGUCUUCAGAAGGGGUCUACAGAGGAGAACUCACUGGUUGGAAAAGGGGAGGUCACUGAGAGGUUGGCCACCUUGGUCAGAGGCCUAUGGACAUUUGAGUACACCCCUCAACUUUCUGCAGAGUUUAAGAAUGUCGUGGCCAAGUAUGGCUCCCAGUUUCGGGGGAAUUCACAACACGAUGCCUUGGAGUUUCUUCUGUGGCUACUGGACCGGGUCCAUGAAGAUCUCAACUCACCAUCUCAGAAGUCCAAGAUGUCGGUCAAGCCCCCGGGUUCCGAUCACGGCUCUGUGAGCUCCGUACCCUCCUCACCCACGGAGAGCUUUGUCAAAGAGCAUUUUCAAGCUCAGUACAGAUCUUCCCUCACUUGUCCGCACUGCCAGAAGCAGAGCGACACUUAUGACCCCUUCCUGUGCGUUUCUUUGCCCAUUCCCCUGCGACAGACAAGAGCCCUGAACGUUACUUUAGUUUUCCAAACCAAGCAGCAGCGGUUCCUCCGCAUAGGUCUGGCCGUGCCGUUGUUUGGCACCGUUGCAAGUCUACGUCAGAUGGUGGCCGAUCUGGGCAAAGUUCCUUCAGAUCAGGUGAUCCUCGUUGAGUUACACUCCAGCGGCUUCCAAAGAUCCUUCUCCGAUGAUGAAGACCUGAACACCAUUGCUGAAGGAGACCCGAUCUACGCCAUUCAGGUCCCUCUGGCCUUAAACAAACUAUCGGCCUCUAGUAGGAGCUCAGGGUAUCCUCACAGCCUUCCCUCCUCCCCCCGCUGCUUCGAUCAAGAUGUGCCAAAGUUACCUGGAGGAGGCUCCAUCUCAUCUGAGUUCCUGGCAUCAAGUUCUAAACUUCUUCUACUUCUGUGCAAUUUGGAAAGUGGGAGUCAGCAGGCAGCAAGGUUUGGACCGCCACUGGUUUUACGGGAGGACAGGGCAGUAUCCUGGGAUCAACUGGAGCAAAGCAUCUUGGGAAAGAUCCGAUAUUUGAUGAAGAGUGACGCUCACCCUUCAGGCGGAGGAGUGAUCUUCAAUGUCUGUGUGGUGGGGGCGCCAGUGAGCAGCUGUUAUUUGUCAUCCAAGGAUGCCCGACCCCUUCAGCACCCAUCCGUGAGCAGGGCUCUGCAACUAUGCGGGACUGGAGGACCACCUCAUGUGAAGCUGGCUAUAGAAUGGGAGCCCAGAGUCAAAGAGAGAUUAUUUGGGAGUAUACAGGAGGAAGUGGUUCAGGAUGAUGAAUCUGUAAGAAGUCAACAACUGGAUCACCAGCAGCAGACCUGCACCCUAAACGAGUGCUUCCAGCUGUAUACAAAGGAGGAGCAGUUGGCUCCAGAUGAUGCUUGGAGGUGUCCCCACUGUAAGGUGCUGCAGCAAGGUACAGUCAAACUGAGCCUAUGGACCCUCCCAGAUAUUCUCAUCAUUCAUCUCAAGAGGUUCCGGCAGGUCGGUGGCCGCAGGAACAAGUUGUCUACUCUAGUCAAGUUCCCCUUGAGAGGGCUGGAUAUGGCACCACAUGUCGUUAAGCGAGGCCAGGGAAGCAAACGUCCCUUAGGACAAUGGUCAUCCUGGAAGCAGCCUUCAUACCAACUGGACAAUGGGAACCUGGAUGUACUAUAUGAUUUGUACGCAGUGUGUAACCAUCAUGGAAACUUACAGGGAGGUCACUACACAGCCUACUGCCGGAACUCUGUGGAUGCCCGCUGGUACAGUUACGAUGACAGCAAUGUGGAACACGUUAUUGAGGAUGAGGUCUGCACCCGAGGGGCCUAUCUUCUAUUCUAUCAAAAGAGGAAUGCCAUUCCAGUCUGGUCUGCCAGCAGCUCUGCUAAAGGGUCCACAAGCUCGGCCAUGUCUGAUCACUGGGUCUUAAGGCUGAACGGAAGCAAAAGAGAGAGCCUUGGGUCUCGAGCAACAACUAACUCCACUCCAGUACCGAAAAUACCAGACUCUCCCAUCUUUCUUGAGAAGGAAAUGAACAUGGAGAAAGGGUCAAAGUCUUUUGCCCGAGGAGUGAAAGGCCGCAGUGCAAGUAUGAGAGUGUCUUCAGCUUCUAAACUGAAGUUGAGCAUCAGUAAAGCCAUGCCUCUCAGGUGGUCAUUUGGAUCUAAGGACAAGGCGAAGCCUGAGACUCGUGAGCUAGUGGAAUACUUGGAAUCGGGAAGACGACCGAAGUACACCAAUGAGCCCAUUGUGCCCAUGAUGACUAAUGCAGAAAAAUCAGCCAACGGAGUUCCUCUAAACUUAAGCCAAUCAAAUGGCAAUGGUGCCAAUGGGAAAAGCUCUACAAAUGAACAGUCCAGACCAUUAUCCUCAUCUACAAAGAUGGACACCUUAAGGGGUAAACCAAAGGAGAAACUGUCCCAUCAGGAUAGUACUGUGCAAGCUAGAAAGGCAUAUGGGUCUACACAGUCCCAAAGCAAAGACAGAACCUCAAGUGGUGAAAGUCCAGUUGUUUCACCCCCAAAUAAUGCUGUGAAAGUCAAAGCUUCUUCAGGUCAAAAGGGAGAUAUUAACCAAAAACACCAUACAAAAGAUAACAGAGCAGACAAGACCAAACCCUCUGAAGGAGAAUCAGACGGGAAGUCAAACAAGUUGAGGACCAAUUUAUUGAAGAAAGAGCAAAGGAGACAGAGUAACUCUGAGAUCCCAACCCUAUCCGAGCUCCAUAAUGGCAUCUCAAGGACUUCACUAUCUAAUGGGGUUGUAGUGUCUGAUGGGAGAACUAGUGGUACGAUGCCCUGGAAGCAGAAAGAGGAUCUCUCCAACAAUAAAUCUAUAAUGGACAUCAGAAGAUCGCAUAGUUCAACCAGUGUCCAGACAAAAGCAGACUGGACCAUGAAGAAGUCCCUGUACAGAAAUGGAAGUGCAACUCAUCAGUCAUCCAGACAGGUAGUCGCUGAGAAGACAUCUUCAAGUCCUCUGCAAAGAAUGAAAUACCAAACUUCCUCCCUUGGCAGGAAGAAAACUGUGCCUGAGUCCAGCUUCUAAUGACUGCUCACAUCUAAUGGGCCUAAUGGCCGAUUUGGGAUAAAAUUGGCACCAUACUAAAACUUUCGUAUAACCCCAUCUGCCAUCUGGUAUAGGACUACGUGUUACUUGUUCACAAAAUUCACUACAGUUACCUUCAUCCUUCAAAAUUGUUCAAAGUGGAUAAGAUGGUCCUGAUCUUCUAGCAGAAGACUCUCGAUGAUCGAGCAGGUCUUCCAUGUUUCAUAUCAACCUGCAUAGCAGGAGAAACCUCCUUCCUAUUCAAAUUAGCUCUCCUCCAGAAGGAAGAAUAGUGCCACCUAUGGGUAAGUAAAUGUCUCGCCCUUUUAAUCAGCCGUGGAGCAUGACUUAGGACUUCAUCUAGUCAUGUUUCAAGGCUCUUUUAUGGGUUGGACAUUGGCUCUCAGGAUAGCUACCUACAGGUGGCACUAGAGAGAGAGUUUUUUGUGACAUUAAUUUCCUAGGAAUUGGCGAUGCCCCCAACAUAUGAAGAAUGAUUUCAUGUGCAAUAAUGGCCACCGUUACUACAUAAAAUGGCCACCGAAAUAAUUUUUUGUGGAUCAAAAUGCAAACUUUUUCACAUUUUUACAUUCCACAUUAUUACAGACCACAUCAUAGGACGCACACUGUAUAUGGCAGGAUAUUAUACUCAUGUAGAUAUUGUAUUAUUUUUUUUACAGAAAAAUCUACUGAGAUGAAGACAGUAUAAACAGACCAGUAAAUAUUUGUGAAGGAGUCCUCUGUGUUUUUAUAAAUAAAGUUAUAACAGAGGAUCACAUGACCUCGCCCAAACAUUGUAAUUUAUAUAUACUUUAUAUUACAAUAUAUUAACUUUUCACUUGCUUGUUUCAAGUACCUUUUAACAAGUAACAACUGAAAAAAAAACCUUAAAGGGUGUGUCUACUUCUGCAACCACAGUUUUUUUUUAUUGUGCCAAUGCAUUUGUUGCAAAAAAUUAAGCAACUUUGCAAAUAGUUUUGCUCAAAAAUCUCCAACUCUCUUGUGUCUACAGUUCCUUUGCAGCCCAAUGUGUCUCCAUGGUGACAGACAACAAACCAACUGUGUGUAGUCUAGUCCUGCAGACACACUCCAUUUUGCCAUUUCCUAACUAUAGGGUCAGACUACACAUGGGUUUAUUGUAGUCUGUCACCAUGGAUACACACAGAUCUGCAGAAGAGCUGUAGACACAAUACUUUUAAUCAGGGCUUUUUGCACAGUUGCUUUGUCUUUUAGCCUUAGAGCAAUAAAAUGUUUGCAAAAUUAUUCAUACCCUUUAUAAAAUAUAUAUUUGUAAUAGCUUAAUAUUAUGCUUAGACAUAAUACAGCACACACAGUACAAUAUUUAAUCUCAGGUGAGGCUAAAAUAUACACACAUUGUAACGUUCCAUUAAUCCAGAAUCUAAAAGUUGGGGAUUUUUAAUUGCAUAGAUUACACUACUAACCAGUAACCGGGCAGAUUCUGGAUUAAAGGAAUUCUAUGUGUAUGUACUUAGCAUCUAUUCAUAUAUGAAGGAUUGAUCCAAAAAUGUAAAUUUUUCUUCCGACCCCAGAGAACUUUGUAAAUCUGUAGAGUUUCGCACAUAAUCUGAAUGUUAAUCCACCUCAGGUUUUCAGAUACAUUCUUAAAGGGGAAAAAAAUUAAUCUCAACAUUUUUGCACUGAAUCAAGUGGGAUCGUCCCCUGAAAAUGGUUUUAUGGAAUAAUAAAUAAAAAAAAAAUUGUUUUCUUUCUAUAUGUGGAAAUGUAAUAUAUUUAAUAUGAAAAAGGUGGCAGCCAUUUUAAAGGUUUUAUGGGAUAAUCUGAAUGUAUGACUGCCCCCUGGUCUUGGUACCUGGUAUACUUUAAGCACUGUGUCUAUAUCUCCUUAGAAGACAUUUUUUUUAACACAUAUCACAACAUUUUAAGACCAAAUUGUACGACCUUUUAAACCCACCCCCCGUUAUGUUCGGCACUCCCAUUUUAUGCAGAUAUACAUAAGCUCUGCCCCUUCAUGAUCCCGUUUGCUGGAUAGUCAUGCACAAACGACUGUUGGGAGGUAUGAAAUUAUAUAACUUGUUUUUAAAGAAAAUUAAGAGGUCAUUCACAAAUUUUUAACGUUAUCAGUCAAAGCAAUAACGCCACCUAGAGGCUAUAAGAGCACAUUGCCCAUCAUUAGGACAACACAAUGUACAAGUCAUUUAUGUCUAAUGAAAUGCAUCGUGGGGAGAAAUAUACUUAAAGGGAUUGUCCAGGAUUUGAAAACAUGGCUAUUUUCUUCCAGAAACAGCACCACCACUGUCCUUAGGUUGUAUCUGGUAUUUCAGUUCAGCUCCACUGAAGUGAAUCUGAUCAGGUGUGAAGCUGUUAUUGAAAGAAGUUAGCCAUGUUUUUCUAUUCAUGGACAAACCCUUUAAAUUUACACAAGAGACUCAAAAUGGUGACUUGGUGAAAGAAAAAAAAUGACAGAAUAAUGGCGUAAAUCACUACUAUUUCAAUAUUUAUUUUUUAAUGGUCCAAACAAUAUAUAAAAAAACAAAAAAAACUAAAAUACAAAAUAAUAAAAAACAAAAAUUACUUGAAAUAUAAAAUGAAAAAUAAUGAAAAAAAAUAAAUAAAAUUUUAUAAAAAUAAAAAAUGGCUGCCACCGAGGUAGAUUGCACACUGAAGGAUUCUGGGUAAGGACAAUCUCAUACUGCGGGAGAUGAAUGUCAAGUCUAUUUAUUAAAGCUGCAUCUUAUGGCUGGAUAUAUGAUGUCUGUCGCUAUACAGGCCUUAUGAAGGCAAACAUUUUGGUAAGAGAGACAUGUACAAAAAUUUUGUCAGGUGUUUUUACUAUGAACUUCUAUGCAAAAAUUAUUUUUCUGGAUUGUUUUUUUUUGUAUCUAUUUCUAUUUGUGUCUUUUUUUUUUUCCAAAUUAAAAUGUAA